AUGUCCACAAGCAAGCUAUCAUCACUAUCUAACCAUGGUACUACCGUCUCCUUAAAUGCCAACAGAGGAUCUACGCCAGUUGGCAAACUCUUAUUCCUUCUCACCAGCUUCGUCAGACUAGCCCACUCACUCCCGGUCCACAUCAGCAGUGCCUCUUCAAAGCACGAAGUAGCCAAGUCUGUUCAAACCCCUGAACAGUUUUAUGUCAACUUAUUCACUUCCGCAUUCCUUGUUUUGGCUGGGGGUGUGUUUGCCGGUUUGACUUUGGGAUUAAUGGGGCAAGAUGAAGUUUAUUUGAAGGUUAUCUCGUCUAGUGGCGAGCCAAGCGAACAGAAACAUGCAAGAAAAGUCUUGCGAUUAUUGGGAAGAGGUAAGCACUGGGUCUUGGUCACUUUAUUGCUAUCCAACGUUAUAACAAACGAGACUUUACCUAUUGUCUUGGAUCGUUGUCUUGGAGGUGGAUGGCCUGCUGUGGUUACAUCUACAGUCUCGAUUGUCAUUUUCGGUGAAAUCAUUCCUCAAUCAAUUUGUGUUCGAUAUGGUUUACAAGUGGGUGCAUUAUUUUCUCCCUUUGUCUUGUGUUUGAUGUAUCUUAUGUAUCCAGUUGCAUAUCCUUGCGCUUUAUUAUUGGACCAUAUCUUGGGUGAGGAUCACGGAACUGUUUACAAGAAAUCAGGUUUGAAAACUUUGGUCACCUUGCACAAGACUAUGGGUGUUGAACGAUUGAAUCAAGAUGAAGUGACAAUUAUUAGUGCUGUUUUGGAUUUGAAGGAGAAAUCUGUCAGCAGCAUCAUGACACCAAUGGAUAGAGUAUACACCAUGAGUGCUGAUACUAUCUUGGACGAGAAGACAGUUGAAGAGAUCUUCAAUGCUGGAUUUUCACGUAUCCCAAUCCAUUUACCAGGAGAACCGGAUAAUUUCGUUGGUAUGUUUUUGGUUCGUGUUUUGAUUAGUUACGAUCCAGAAGAUGCAUUGCCUGUAGCUUCCUUCCCAUUGGCCACAUUACCAGAAACCGGGGUUGACACAUCAUGCUUGAACAUCUUGAACUACUUCCAAGAAGGUAAAUCCCACAUGAUUAUCAUUAGUGAAACUCCCGGUGAGCCUACUGGAGCCAUUGGUGUUUUGACAUUAGAGGAUGUCAUAGAGGAAUUGAUUGGAGAAGAAAUUGUUGAUGAAUCGGAUGUUUACAUUGAUAUCAACAAAAACAUCAAAAGAACACAACCUGGUCCGUUGUCCAAAAGACAUCUUACCUCCUAUUUGCACAAUUUGUAUCAAAGAAGUGCUACUGCUUCAAAAAGAAACUCGUUAGAUUCACAAGACCCGCCACCAGAUUUACGAUCGAGAUUGGAAAGACAAGGUAGUCAAGCCACUGUUAUUGAUUCCACACCAAAUAAUAGAGCUGGAAAGAAGCACACUCAAGAGAGAACUAGUAUGGAAGUGGGUGCUCCUUCUGGUGUUGUUGCUGGUGGUGGUGUUGCUGCUGCUGCUGCUGCUGGAGCUAAAUGGAAGAUUCAGAAUCCCGCUAUGGAUCCAUUACUGACAAACAGGUCGUUUGUUACUAUCAAAAAGCCGGAUCAAGGAAGAAUCGAAUCGAUGGCAAAAGCAGCAUCCCCGGCGCCUCUUGUAGGCCAAGUACACCGAACUGAAACAGGAGCGCUAAAAGAGGCAGAAAGACGAGAAACUGCUAAGGAAAAGAAAGAGAGAAAGAUGUCUAAUGGUUCUUCUAGGUUUUUGUUGCCCAAUGAAAGAGAAGCUGAUGUAUCGGAUGGUACUGCUGCUGUCAAUAUCCCUAUACCGAAUGGGUCAAGAGCAAAUGGAGAUGUUACCAUGGAGCUCCAGGAAUCUCGAUCCUAUAGAACUGGUGGAAUUACUGAGCUGGUGGUCAAUGUUGAUGGCCUCAGUAAGACCAUCAUCAACGAUGAAGGUAAUGAAGAAAGCGUUUCUUUAUUAAAUGGAAGUGUGUAG